AUGUUCAAGCCGGCCUUGCUGAUCCUUCUUGGGGUGAUGAUCAGUGGAGUCCUUCAAGGAUGCGGACUGGUGGGUGGAUCGUGUGACGAGGCGACGAUGAACGCCUGCUUGGACAAUGCGACGGCCGAGAACCUGGGCAUAUGCGACCUACCACUCCGACAGAGGGAUUGUGUCGUGAACAACAAGUGCUGCUCGAUGAACCUGCCCAACAAAGGAGGAAACAUGGCAAUGAAAGUCUCGGACUGGAUCGAUUACAGCCUCCACCGAGACGGCACGUGCGAUUUCAGUGCCUUCUGGACAUGUCACGAGGAACCGGUUUCUUUCUGCGAGAGUUCAACAGAUAUGUGUCCGUAG